ACGACCGCCUCUUACACCUCCUGCUUCCAGGCCGCCGGUGACGCGCUACGCCUGCGCCGCCUCGUCCCGUGACGUCACGACGCCCGCGCCGCCGCCGACGUCGCAGGAGUCUUAACCUAAUAUCCUGGGCGACAGCUGUGGAUGUUCACAAGGAUUGCUUUCAGUCAUGGCCUUGGGCAUAAAGUGCUUCCGCUUGGUCCAUCCUGCCUUUUACAGCUCCCUUGCAGCCUUCACCAGAUCGGCUUCAGAAAUCACAAUGAAGACAGUAGCCAGAAGACAAAAUGAUCAUAUGCAAUGCAUGGUCUACUCAGCUGUACCCAUCCGUCAUUUUGCUACCAAGAAAGCCAAAGCCAAAGGGAAGGGACAGUCCCAGACAAGAGUGAAUCUUAACACUGCCUUGGUUGAAGAUAUAAUCAACUUGGAAGAGGUGGAUGAAGAAAUGAAAUCUGUGGUGGAAAUGCUCAAGGAUAAUUUCAAUAAGACUGUGAAUAUAAGGACCUCACCAGGAUCCCUUGACCAUAUCACUGUGGCAACUGAUGAUGGGAGGCUUGCUUUAAACCAGAUUGGUCAGAUCUCCAUGAAGUCACCACAGUUGAUUUUGGUGAAUAUGGCCAGUUUCCCAGAGUGUACAGCUGCAGCUAUCAAGGCUAUAAGAGAAAGUGGAAUGAAUCUGAACCCAGAAAUGGAAGGAACACUCAUUCGAGUGCCCAUUCCCAAAGUAACAAGAGAGCAUAGAGAAAUGCUGGUGAAACUUGCCAAGCAGAGCACCAACAAAGCCAAAGACUCCUUACGGAAGGUUCGUACCAAUGCGAUGAAUAAGCUGAAGAAAUCAAAGGACAAGACCUCAGAGGACACCAUUAGGCUCAUAGAAAAACAGAUCAGCCAAAUGGCCGAAGACAUUGUUGAAGAGUUGGACAGGCAUCUAGCAGUGAAGACCAAAGAACUCCUUGGAUGAGUGCCUACCAGGGAUUGGAAGUACUCCAGAACCCAUUUUCUGGUUGAUCCCAUACGUGUCAAGUUAGCACCUCUCUACCCUGUCCACAGGAAAGGCUGUCAUCAUGCAGUUGUCAGUCCUUGUCAAGUCCAGCCUUCAUGGGUCCAGGCAUGGGUGAACCUCUCCUUACUUGAGGAAUUUACCUUGACUACAAUGCUGCCACAUGAAUGAGAUCAUUUUAGAAGCCUCUUUGUCCAAGACUUAGAACCUUCUCCCUGGGCUUGGGCUGAUGAUCAUAUAUAUACCUUUGUCAAGUGCUCAUGACACCAAAUAAUAAAAUCUAAAUAAAUUGGAAAGAAUAACAGACCACAAAAGGGA